CCCAUGCCUACCUUUCACAAUCGAAGAUACAAAGGAUCAUUUGGAUAGUGAUUUGCAAUUUGGCACCUAGCUUUUGACUAACCAUUGUACCUUCCACAAUCGCAUUUGUGUAAGUUCUCACAUAAUGUUUAUACAAAGCUCACAUAGUAUGUAAAUCUUUUUUUGAACAACGUGAUUCAUUUAUAUCAGUCUCAUCUCAUGUUAUUAAAAUUUAAUUUAAGUUUCAUAUAAUACAAUAGAAGUUUAAUAGUAAAGUAUAAUAGUAAUGUUUAGUAACUUAAUACUACUGUUUUAGUACAUAUUUUUCUACAGACAACUUGAGGUAAUCACGUACACGGUACACUAUCCUCCCACGUAAAGUCCAACUCGGCAAUUCAAGCUUAGUAAAUAAUUAAGUAUUAAGUAUUUUUGUUUGGUUUCUAAUUCAUUAUCGUUGUCGUUGACAUUAAUAAUUCUCAAAAUAUUCAAAACUCCAUUGCUUGCGCGUCUCUUCCCCCAUUUUCUUUGCUUUUCUUGUUUGACCGAUUUACACAUAGAUGUGCAUACAUACAUGAUAUAAAAUAUAAUACACAUAAUUAUAUGUAUAGUCUAUAUGCAUAUAUGUGCCGCUCAUAUCUUCAACCUUCUAAAAAGCUAAAAUCUAUAAAAACCCUAGCUAGUUGCUAAAUCAAUGUGUCCUCCUCUUUUCUCCAAACAUUGUAUGAAUCUUGCUCAUAAAACCUUAUUUAUGACUGUUUAUUUCGUCUUGAUCCUCUUAGUUUUUAGUUCUUGCAACGCCGCGGAGAGGAUGGGACCAAUUAAGGUUUCUGAAAUGGAAAUAGUUCACACAAGAUCAAGAUCGUCAAGACAUGAGUUCACGGAUGGUUAUAGAUACAAAGGUCGCGUGUUCCAUAUUUUGUCUAAACGGGGACUUGUACCACCUUCGGGACCUUCCAAAAGGCAGAAUUCUGUGGUGAAUGAUCUCAAACACUAAUUGGUUUCUUGUUUUUGUUGUUUAGUUGGUUUUUUGACAAUCAUAAUAUACAUGUUUAGAAGAUUUUUGAAAUUGUUUUUUUUUUGGCGAGGUUUUGGUCCUUUGAAAAUAUGUUUUUGUUCAUUUUAUACAUCAUUUGAUUUCAUUCAGAUCUGUAAUAUCUCGUUGGAAAGUGAUACGUACGUGCGUAGAUUGUAUGUAUCACCUUUUUCUCA